AUGACGGACGAUACGUCAAUGCGCUCGAAACAGCUCGAGCUCUUUGACAAAAUGCACGUGGGUAUGGACCACGUGCUGUCGAAACUGUUACAGGACGCGCCACCUCUUCCCGACUCGUUAAAGCUCCAGACUGAGACACAGUCGCUCAGUUCCACGUGGUUGCAAGUGACCGAGACGUUUGAAAAGCGGAAAUUGAUGUUACAACGUCGUAGAGAGAAGGAAAAAAGCAAGAACAAAGAUAAAAAACGAGAAGAAGAUUUAAUUUCAAUGAAAAAGAAGAAGGAAAAAAUAAAGGAGAAGAUAAAGGAGAAGGAUGUGCAAAAGAGUGCUGUCCCAAAAAAGAUGAAGAAUCAUAGCUUGUAUGAUUCGUUACGGAAUAUAAAAAGCUCUUCCAGUGAUAAAAUGGACACGAAAAGUGUCGAGAAGAAGAAAAUGACGAUCGUGACGACGUCACCUCUUCCUCAGAAAUUGGAGACAGUUGUUGCAGUUGGGAAGGAUAAGGGGACGCUAAAUGCACAUGAGAAAUCGAUAUUGAAGAAGCUGAGAAAAUUGCCAUUGUGUGGAAAUGUCGUGCACGAUACUAACAAGUUUAGGGCUAUGAUCAAGUGGAUGGAGUUAGACAAGGGUGACAAUGCAGCCAUGUCAACUGAAUUGACCAAGUUACUGGAAAAACUGCAGCUUAAAACUGCAUUGGAAAAGAAACACAAGCCUAAGCUGAGUCGGAAACGCUCGUUGGAGACGGUGGGUGAUACUUCGCAGAUGCAGGAGAAAAAGAGCAAACCAAAAGAUUCGACUGGAGAUCGAGAACGGAGGCCUAAACAGUCAAGGCCGUCUGUGGAUGAAUCUGAAGGGGUCUGUAAAUCGGAAAGAGAAAAAGAGAAAGAAUCUAGUGAGGGAUCAUCUGAAUCAGACGAAGCAGAGUUCGUACCAGAGCUGCAUUAUAAUCCUCCAUCUCCUGCAAAGCCUCAUAAGAGUGAAGAGGUGCAGCCACUGAAACGGCAAAAGCAGCAGAUGGUAGAAGAAGUAAAAGAAAAGAAGACUGCUAUUCAGAUGACAUCCAAGGAGCAGUUAGCUGCAGUUGUGGCGAAGAUCCGAGCAGAUGAAGCGGCCUCUGUAAACGAAACCAAGUAUUUUUCUUACGAGGAGAAGGAACAACAGCUUGUUAAGCUAGGAGCUUCUCCCAAGUCUGCAAUCGUUGUGGAUGAUACUGAGAAAGAGGGAGACAAAGAGGAGGAAGCACAGGACGAAGAAGCACAAGAUAAGGAAGAGGCCAGUUUUGGAAGAAUAGAGGAGGAAUCCACGCAGUCACUGGAACACGAUUCGUCCACUGACGAAGACAGUGGCGUCUUUGAUUUAAAUGAAGAGGAUGUCUUUGUUGUGGAGGCUAUAUUAUGCGUCAAGGAAGGACGGGUAUUGAUGUCGGCAGGAGGAUUGCGGCGCCACAAAGAAUCAGAUUUGUACCUAGUCAAGUGGGAAGGCUACGAUGAACUGACAUGGGAGCCGGACGAGAACAUCCCACGACGACUUAUUGAUAUGUUUCGUGGGCGUGAACGCGCCAAACGAGCGUGCCAGUAUCAGAUUAAAGUCGCUCACGAGCGCAGGGAGGUGAACAACUUGACCACACAAGCGAGAGAGAUCAUUUACAUGAUUCAAUGGAUCAACCAGGACUUGCCUAUGUGGGAGGCACGCGCCACGCUUCCGAUUAAAACGCAGGUGUGGUUGGACAAAGUUUUAGGUGCUGCCCCGGCCAAGAAACGCCGCGACACAAAAGCUGCAAUCUGUUGA